ACGUACUUCCGGGUGAGGCACACAGAUCACCUCGUGGAACAGAUCACCUCGGUUGGAACUGCGUCUAGCGAAGCCUUUCUAGGAGAUACGUUUGUUUCGGGUUUAAACGUGGUGAAAAAGCGUCAGAGAUGCUUGUUUUAUUUGAAACCGCUGCUGGUUAUGCAAUAUUUAAAGUCCUCGAUGAGUCAAAGCUCCAAGAGGUGGACAGUUUAUGGAAGGAGUUCGAAACUCCGGAGAAGGCCAACAAAGUAGUGAAGUUGAAGCACUUUGAGAAAUUCCAGGACACAACAGAGGCCUUGGCAGCGGCCACGGCCAUGACGGAAGGGAAGAUGGGGAAGAGUCUGAAGAAGGUCCUAAAGAAAGUGGUGGCUAAAGAAGCUCAUGAACAGCUGGCCAUCAGCGGACGCUAAGCUGGGGGCGUCAUCAAGGAGAAGUUGAACCUGAGCUGUGUCCACAGCCCUGCGGUGGCAGAGCUGAUGAGAGGCAUCAGGACACAGAUGGAGUCCCUGAUCACUGGGCUGCCCCCCCGGGAGAUCAGCGCCAUGUCUCUGGGACUGGCUCACAGUUUGUCCCGCUACAAGCUGAAGUUCAGCCCUGACAAAGUGGAUACCAUGAUCGUUCAAGCUAUCUGUAAGUACCUCCUCUUAGACCAGGGAUGAGCAUCUUUGAUGGGGGUGGGGGCCACAAAAACCUC